GGUGCAGCUACCUUAAGAAUCAGUUAAGCACGGUCUACGCUCAUGUGAACAAGCUGAUUUGACAAGUAUGUGCAACGACAUCACCAACACCACCAUCAUCACCAACUCUAGUUGCUGGGUGGAGCCCCUUCAGGGUGUGGGUUACAGUGUUGUGUUCCUCCUGGGUUUCCUUGUCAAUGCUUCGGCUCUGCGUGCCUUCAUCGCCAAACGGCACUUCUGGACAGACACCCACGUCUACAUGUUCAACCUGGCCAUAGCUGAUUCUGCCCUCAUCCUCUUCCUUCCAUUUAGGGUCUGGGAUGCCGUCUUCUGCCUGCCCAGGACUGUCCUGUGUACUGUCCUCAUUUUCAUACAUUUCAUCAACAUGUACGCCAGCAUCAUGACCACAACGGCCAUCAGUGUCCAACGCUACCUUCUUAUAAGGUUCCCACUGCAGGCCAGGUCAUGGAGGAAGAGGAAAGAGAUAGCCUUUGCUGUGUGUUUGGUCUUAUGGGGACUUCUUGUGACAGUAUGUGCUGUAUUUCGAGAGGACAAUUACCCUCCAAAACUCUGGACCUGUUAUGAAAGAUGUAAAAAUCUACCACUUAAAAUAGAAUUUCUAGUCAUUCUGUUUCUUCUAGGCUUCCUCACUCCACUGUUGAUCAUCGUCUUCUGUUCCAGCCGCAUCAUCUAUAUUCUGUUAAAGGACAAUGACAAGUCAGAGGAAAAGAGAAGCACCGUUGGCAUAGUAACAGCAAACAUGGUUGUGUUCAUCUUCUGCUAUACGCCGAUCCAUGUCAGCUUUCUUGUCAACUACUUUUCCGAAGUACCCCCAAACUGGCAGUCUGCGUACUUACCUGCACACAAGUUUUUACUUGUGGCUGAAUGGAUCGCCUCCACAAACUGCUGCUUUGACUCCAUCAGUUAUUUUUUUCUACUGAAACGGUUUUAUUCAUAAGUCUGUGGGAGUUCAAGCAUUUAUGUGUAAUUAUUUCAGACUGCGUGAUAUAAAAUAAAUGAUGUUGUUAAAGGGGUACUCCACUGAUCUUACGCAUCAUGUUCAGUUUACAGGUCACGAGGAGUACCAAUUAGCCUGUGUAAUGUGCCUCUGGAGGGAGUUUGAAAAAAUGAAUAAAUAUUCUCACAGUUUUGACAUAAACCUGCAUCACAGUCUGGAGGAGUGGCGUUUGAGGGAGGUGGGCGUUCAGUAGGGGAGCCAGUUUACGCUGUGUGUUAAAAUGCAUCCUGGGUGAUCUGAUCACAAGUGGACAGCGCUAAAUAAACAACCAUACAGACGCACUGUGAUCCGAUCACUCAAACCACUUGCAGAGGUGGUCUGAAAUGCAUUUGAUCACAUAUCUUUUAUAGUGUAAAUGCAAAUGUUUGCUGCAAGGCUGCCCCCCGACUAAGAAUUUUCCUAGUUGACCAAUAGUCAUCAUUUAGAGCCAUUAGCUGACUAGUCGCCUGCAUGUUUACGAUGUUAAUUUAAUUAUUAAAUCAUAUAUUUGUCUGUAACUUGUCUUGUUUUUCCUGAUGUCGCAAAAUUACCUGACUUCACUUUUGUAUUUGACAUUUCUUGCUGAUUUAUUAUAAUGAAUUGUAGGCUGUGUGUAACAGGGUCAAUUAUACAGCAGUAAAAUGUGUAACAAAGUAAAAUGUACAUUUGGAUGUUAUAAUUACACAAGAUGUGUUUCAGUUGUUAUUACCUGACACACUGAGGCCUCCA